AUGGACGCAAAACCGGCGCAGUUCCAUCUUCCUCCGCUUCCGUACGCGUACCAUGCCCUCGAACCCCACAUCUCCCGCCAAAUCAUGGAGCUCCACCACACCAAGCACCACCAAACCUACAUCACCAAUCUGAACGCGGCCCUUCAAACCCAAGCCACCGCGAUGUCGACCUCCGACCUCGCCACCCAGAUCUCUCUCCGUGCAGCCAUCACCUUCAACGGCGGUGGCCACAUCAACCAUUCCCUCUUCUGGCUGAACAUGGCUCCCGCCUCCUCCCCGGACACCAAGACGUCCUCCGCGCCCACGCUCACGGAGGCUAUCAUCAGGAAGUGGGGCGGCGAGAAGGAGUUCAAGGACGCAUUCAGCAAGGCGUUGCUCGGUAUCCAGGGCAGCGGAUGGGGCUGGCUUGUCAAGCAGGAGGGAGCCAAGGAGUCGAGCUUGACGAUUGUAAUCACAAAGGAUCAGGACCCCGUUGUUGGCGCUGGCCAGGUGCCGGUUCUGGGAAUCGAUAUGUGGGAGCAUGCGUACUACCUGCAGUAUCUAAAUGGCAAGGCGGCGUAUGUGGAGAACAUCUGGAAUGUGAUUAAUUGGAAGGUGGCUGAGGAGCGGUAUCUGGGUGCGCAGGCGGAUGCUUUCAAGGUGCUCAAGGCGAGCAUGUAG